CAUAAUGAGUGGUUCAUAAAGAGUAAAGACAACGAGUCAGCUUUUCUUCUCCAACCGUUUCCUGGCUACCCAAUCUCUCUGUAAGUGUAAGCUCCAGUUUUCCAAUUUGGAAUCCGUUUUCGUUUUGUCUCCUCCCCUGUUUGAUUGUUGAUUGCUGAGUAAAUUUGAGUCCUAUAAAAGAAAAGGAAGAGGAAAUUUUUAGAUUCGUGCUUGCCUUUUAGUCUCCCCUGUCCCAACACUGAUAGGCUUAUCUGAGAUGAUAAUUCGACUCCAAUUUUUUCCUCAAACUUUAAUCCCUCUUCACUCUACUCUAAGCCCUGUUAAAAACCCUAACCGUAGCCCUAACUGUACAAAGCAAUCUCAAUUGCUCGAUGGCUUCAGGAACUCACUUUCCCCUCAUCCAAACACCCCCAUUUCCGACUCCGGCCUCCGUUUCCGUCAAAAACUACUCUACAUUGAAAAUCUCAAAGUCAAUUCCUCCAAAGCCCUCCAUAAAAACCCUAAUUUCCGAUCAGCUCCUCUCGACACCGUGAAAUCCGUUGAGAAAUGCCUCUGCUCGAUGGGCAUUCAACGCUCUGCAUUGGGUCGAAUCUUGGACAUGCACCCACAGCUCCUAACCAGUGACCCCUACAAUGAUCUUUAUCCUGUAUUUGAUUUUCUAUUUAACGAAGUUCAUAUUCCAUUCCCCGAUAUUCAAAAAUCCAUAAUUCGAUGUCCUAGGUUGUUGCUUUGUAGCGUAGAUGAUCAACUGAGACCCACAUUCUAUUUCCUGAAGAAACUAGGGUUUGCUGGACCACAUGCAAUAACAUGCCAAAACACAUUGUUGUUAGUAUCCAGUGUAGAAGAUACUCUUGUGCCCAAGCUUGAGUAUUUGCAAAAUUUGGGGUUCUCAUACAAGGAGGUGGUGAAAAUGGUGGUGAGAUCACCAGGAUUGUUGACUUUCAGUAUUGAGAAAAAUUUUCAGCCUAAAGUGGAGUAUUUCUUGGAUGAGAUGAAGGGGGAUUUGGCAGAGCUAAAGAGAUUUCCACAGUAUUUUUCAUUUAGUUUGGAGGGGAAGAUAAAACCUCGGCAUAGGCUUUUGGCCGAGCAUGGGUUUUCGCUUCCAUUGCCAGAGAUGUUGAAGGUUAGUGAUGGCGAGUUCAACUUGCGUUUGAUCGAGAUGCGAUUGCAACUGGCUGACGAGAGAUAUUUGGACUGUGUCUCAGAAAAUCAGGACGGUAACAAAUGGAGGCAUGACUUAACUAGACGGUGACUAUAAGAUCUGGCUGAAGGUCCCGACCUGUGUCUGUCUCUUAAAUGUUGUAAGUCCAGAAAAAAGAAACUGAAAAAUACUUGUACAAGAAGGAAGAAGAUGUAUGAAUUAAAGAUUUGAAGAUUUCUUUUCUUCUCUCA